UUGUGGCCAGGAACAGCCACAUGCGGACGGUGACGAACUAUUUCAUCGUGAACCUGUCGGCAGGGGACCUGCUGGUCACCAUCAUCUGUCUGCCGCCCACCCUGGUGGUGGACAUCAUGGAGACAUGGUUCUUCGGAGAGACCAUGUGCAAGGUUUUCUCGUACAUGCAGAUGGUGUCCGUUUCGGUCUCUGUCCUGACCCUGUGCGCAGUCGCAGUAGAGCGCUGGUACGCCAUCGUCCACCCGCUGAAGUUCAAGAGCACCCCUGCGCGUGCGCGGAACAUCAUCAUCUGCAUCUGGGUGACGUCAUUCCUGGUCACCAUCCCCUUACUGCUCGUCUCCAAGACAACCGGCACGUUCCCCAGUGACCUGACCAACCUCUACGUCAUGUGUGACGAACAUUGGCCUGAGAACACGUUCUACGGUCAGAUCUACCACUCGGCCAUCCUCGGACUGAUCUACAUCGUCCCGCUCUGUAUCAUCUCCAUCGCCUACACCAUGAUCGUCUGGAAGCUAUGGAGCAACCAAAUCUCGCUGACAGUCGCCCUCAAGGUGACCGGAAAUGACGUCGGGAAACGUCGCGGUAGUCUCGUGGGACAGUUCCGGCGGAGCCUACGGCUGAAAAACAGCGCGGACUUCAGCACCGAUUUCCGGCCCUACACCGUGUCCCCGGCAGACGAGUGCCCGCCCAGUCCGCGCUCACACACCGUGUCCCCCGCGGAGGAACAGCCUCGCAGCGCGAGCCCCUCCAGGGACACCAUCGGUCAAAGGUCAGGAGAGACCAUCUUCGCUCGAAGAAAGGUUGCCCGGAUGUUGAUCGCCGUGGUUAUCAUCUUUGCGGUCUGCUGGGCGCCAUCUAUGGUCAUGAACUUCAUGAAAAGAGUGCUUGGAUCGUUUGACGUGACCAAUGACCGGGGCGGGAUGUAUGCUGCCUACGGCGUCGCCCAUUGGCUCAUCUACUUCAACAGCGCCAUCAACCCUGUUAUCUACGGAUUUCUCAGCGAAAAGUUUCGGAGCGGAUUCCAGGCGUCCCUCGGAUGCCCCCAGGCGAACAAGAAGAAGCAGAACUUGAUCCGCGAGGUGACCGUGACCCGGCCCACCAUCUCCAGAGUCAUGACCACCAAGACGACCAGUACGGCAGACGUCGGCUCCAGGCUGGAGUCCAUCCGGCAAUACCCCUUCUUCACCGAGACGGUUGUGUGAGGCUCAAACGGUCCGUAUUGCUGCAAGUUGGGUGUCUCGUUAAAGAGCUACAACGUCAUGGAAGUGUUGGUAGUAAGCAAAGUGCGAUACUAAAAUUUAUUCCAACACAAA